AUGGACGGGUCGCGGGACUGUUGGCCUGGAGGCGACGGCACGCUCUCGGGCGUGCUGCUGCGACCUCCCACCGCGUCGGCGCAGCGCCUGUCGCCCUCGGCGGGACGGUCGCCUUUCCCGCCGUUCCACCUCCCGGAUGGCCGUGUGCGAGUCCCGAUUAGCUUGCCCCCGAACCCAGACUUUAUGCCGGUCCAGAUGGACGAGUUGGACGUCGACGACGAGCUGGCCAAGUCCGGCGCGACGCUCGAGUUCACGCUCGCGGCGCUGCACAACUCGGCGCACACGCUCGUGCAGGCGAGUCAGGCGACGGGCGGGCAGCACAACGCGCCGUUCUCGACGCCUGCGUCGCCCUAUCCUCUCGUGCGCUGCACUCGUCCACCGGCACCCUUUCCCCUCCCGACGCACCUCCUCGAGCUCCAGUUCGAGGACACGGACGAGCGGUACCGCACGCCCGUGCACGGGCUCCUGUGGGCGCUCCAGUCGCCCCUCCUCCCCCAACUUUGCCGGCGCUUCGUCCUCGAGCCGUCUUCGGCCCACAACGACGGCGACGCAGCGCUCAACAGUCACCCGCAGCCGCCAGUCGCAGGCGCCGCACCCGAGGGCCACGAGCUCCUCCUCCCGCUCGUCACGUUCGCCAUCCCCUGCCGCGCCGCCUGGCCCCUCCUGCACCGGUUCCUCCACGACGGCAGCGCCGCCUCGCUCCUCAACGCCCUCCUCGCCCCUCCCGACACGCUCCCGACCCGCCCUUUCGACCCUCGCGCGCCGCGCCCCGACUCGGCGCAACCCGUCCUCGACUCGCUCCUCGUGCGCCUCAUGCGCGUGCGCGAGGUGUGGCUCGACGCGCACGCGCUCGAGCUCAGCGACCGCCACCUGUGGGACACGCUCGAGCGCGCCUACACGACGCUCGUCGCCGAGCUGAGGGACGCGGCCGCCGGCCUGCCCGAUUGCGCCGUCCCGCCCCUCGUCGACGACGACGACGGGUCGCGCAGCUAGCGCUCGGCCCUCUCCCUCGUCCUCCUCCUCCUUUGUCGUCGCACCCCCUCGCCGUCUUUGUCCUCGUGCCCCCUCGCAGUUGUACCCCCUCCGCACUUGCAUCUUUGCCUCUUCGUCCAUGUCG